UGUGAAUGGCCCAGCAUCUUCUGGGACCUGUUGUGUAUUGUCCACAGUCUCUGGUCAUCUCCUGUACUGUCUGCAUUCUCUUGGUCAUCCCCUGUACUGUCUGCAGUCUCUGGUCAUCUGUACUGUCUGCAGUCUCUGGUCAUCCCCUGUACUGUGUUCGCAGUCUCUGGUCAUCUCCUGUACUGUAUCCACAGUCUCUGGUCAUCUCCUGUACUAUGUCCGCAGUCUCUGGUCAUCCCCUCUACUAUGUCCGUAGUCUCUGUCAUCCUAUGUACUGUCCGCAGUCUCUGGUCAUCCCCUAUACUGUGUUCGCAGUCUCUGGUCAUCUCCUGUACUGUAUCCACAGUCUCUGGUCAUCCCCUUUACUGUCUGCAGUCUCUGGUCAUCUC